AUUUGUAUUUUAACGAAUGUUCUACGGACCGAUGGUCGUUAUGUGCCCUUUAGAUUUUCAAGUUUGGUUGCCAGAAUUAUUUUGAUCGUGGUUUAUUGCAGUUUAUUGUUCCAGCCAGGGUGACGUAAUAAUUUUUGUAGUGCAACCACGCCGAGUUUUUCUAUCUUAGACGAAUUACCGAGGAGCCGAGCAGGUUAUACUCACUUCGAGAAUCGGGCAUUGUUUUGCAUGGUGUUUUAUUAGAUUUUCUUAAAUUCUACGAGAAUGCCAAACGAAAGCACGAAACCGAAGGAGCAUCACGGAUCUUGCAAUGCUAUUUUCUCGCAUUCUCCCGCUGCCUUCAGCGCUGACAACGUUCUUUUCGCUGAAAGAGCCAUUCGGGAAGGUUGUCCAACUUUUUUCACUGAUCUUCCUACGACGUCAAAACGAAGUACAACUCCUGUAUCGUACAAAUUUAAGAAACAAGAUGAAUCGCCAAUGCGCCAGGGUAAUAGGAGUGAUUCACAGGCAUCGAGCUUAGUGCGCUCAAAAUCUGCCAUAUCACCAAAGCAAGACUUUGGGUUGUCUACGAGAUCCCAUUCUGAGGAAAAGUUAAAAAUGUCUUCAAGAGUAGGAUCGAGCUCUCGAUUAUCUGGAGAUAAAACUCCCGUUACCCACUUCUGCACACCUAAACGUACAAAUGGAUCUAGGGCACUCCUUUCAACGUCGUGCGGGACUCCAAUAAAACGUUAUUUUAGUGACAGAUCAUUACCCCAAGCAACCCCAGAAUAUUAUACAAGAGUUCAAAUGGAGACGCCGAAACCUAAGCAAGACAUGGGAAUUGACGAGCAAUCAGAAGGAGAAAGUAGUAAUUUAACGGUUGGAAUACGAGUUAGACCACUGAACAUUAAGGAAGUAAACGAGCCUAAGAUAUUUCCAGUUGUUCAGAUAAAUGGUCAGAGCAUAACUGUGGACUGUGAAUCUUCACAACAUACCUUCUCAUAUGAUCACUGUUUUGUGUCUCAUCUUGAUGCAUGUACACCGGGACACGCCAGUCAAGAGACAGUGUUUAAUACUAUGGUAUUACCACUGGUUCAAAGUGCCUUCGAAGGAUACAAUGUGUGCCUCUUUGCGUACGGUCAGACAGGGUCUGGUAAAAGUUACAGCAUGAUGGGUACUGAGCAAACGCAAGUCCAAACCACCUUCCUAGGAGCAGAAGCGGGUAUUGUGCCCAGAUUUUGUCAAGAGAUAUUAUCUCGUUCUUCGAAAAAUACUCGUGUUGUAACAACAGUUGAUAUCAGUUAUUUCGAAAUCUAUAAUGAGAAGAUACACGAUCUUCUGGCCAGUAAUGGAGUAGGGAACAAAAGAGCCCCGCUCAAAGUACGAGAACACCCUCUCAUUGGUCCAUAUGUCGUGGAUUUGAGCCAGCGUGGUAUAAAAAAUUACGAAGAUCUCCAGGCUUGGUUAAAAGUUGGAAACUCUCAGCGAGCAACAGCAGCAACUGGCAUGAAUGAAACUAGUUCCAGAUCUCAUAGUAUAUUUAGUAUAGUACUGACUCAAACACGUCAGAAUGGACCAUCCAAUGAAUCUAACAAUGCUGACGAAGGAGAUUCCAGUCGACGCAGCAAAAUUAAUCUUGUAGAUUUGGCUGGCAGCGAGAGGUUAAGCCAAACUUGUGCUAGCGGUGACAGAUUAAGGGAAGGAGUUUCUAUCAACAAGUCUCUGUUAAUACUGGGGAAGGUGAUUGGCUGUCUUGCAGAGAACGCUACCAACAAAAAACAUGGAUUUGUGCCUUAUAGGGAAUCGGUUCUCACGUGGCUUUUAAAGGAAAGUCUCGGAGGGAAUUCGAGGACUGCUAUGCUUGGAACAGUAUCGCCGGCCAAUGUGCAUUUGGAGGAGACUUUGGCGACCCUACGAUACGCGUGUCAAGCCAGGGCCAUUGUCAAUCGAAUCCGCAUCAAUGAAGACCCCCACGACAGGAUCAUUCGAGAGCUGAAAGCCGAAGUGCUGCGCCUCAGAGGAGUCCGAGAGGGAUAUGAGAAGCAACUCGGAGUUCCUCCUCGUCGACUCUUGGAUUUGGGGAACAAGACGGUGGAAUCUGAGAUAGGAACUGAAGCCGGAAGCGAAACUCUCGAAGAGAUGCGCAUAAAGCAGAAGGAGAUCGACGCUCUUCGAGAACAACUACGGAAAACGGAACAGGAGCUGGCCCUCACGCAAAUGUCGCGAGGAGAGAAGCUGCAGGAGGCGCAGUUGAAGAAAGAGGCCGAGCUGAAACAUCUGAGACGUCGCGGCAUCGCGGUCGAGUUCGACCUAGGGGAAAAAUCCUCUCAACCUUGCUUGGUCAAUCUCGCGGCCGAUCCUAUGUUGUCCGGCACAUUGUUGUAUCUGAUUCCUCCCGGUGUAGUUCGGGUCGGUCGGUGCACCAACCCCAGAUUCGAGCAGCCGGAAAUCGUUCUGGAAGGGCCUCUCGUUAGGCAGCUGCACUGCACGAUCGAGAACAAGAACGGGAAGGUGAUACUGUCGCCAGAAGAGGAGGCGGACACCUUUGUUAAUGGACAGAGAGUGGCGGGCAGAACUCUUCUCAAUCAUGGAGAUCGGUUGGUCAUCGGUGGGAAUCAUUACUUCAAGAUCUCGAAUCCUCUUGAAGAGCAAGGUGCAACGCACGUCUCUGUUCAGCCGGUAGACUUUGAGUUCGCUCAUCAGGAGAUACUCAGGAUACAGGAGGAAAAACUGAGAACGGAACUCGAGGAAUCGAAGCACAAGGCGAUCAAGGAGCUCGAAAAUGCAAAACGAGAGAUAGAGGCCCAGUUAGGGUCGCAAAGGUUCACAUUUGAGCGGGAAAUUCAAGCGUUGGGGUCGACCGUGGAACAACAAAAACUCGCCCUGGAGGAAACAAACCGCAAGAAAAUGGAACUCGAGCUGGAAAGAGAACUACUCGCAACCCAGCUAGAGACCAACGACAGGAUUCGUAAGAUCCAACUCGAGGAAUCCAAGUCAACCGUGUCUCCGUACAAGACCAAUUUCCUGAAAGACGUGGAGGACCUCUUAAACGAGACGACCGCCGGCGCGGAAAUUGCUCUCAAUCUGAAGAGUAGCGCCGACGCUAUGGAGACUGGAGGCGUGAGCCUUCACGAGAUGCUUCUUUUAGUCCGGGAAGCGACAGAGCGGUGCAGAGAAGUCGGAAUUAAUUACGAAUUCUACCAACAGACUACGAUAGUUGACAAAGAGCUGCAACGCGUGAUACGAGUGCGUGAUAAGGAUCGCAAGGUGGAGACUUUGUGGCAACCGAUGCGUUUCCUGGACUGGGUGCAUCGUUUGCGAGAUUUUGAUAUCGAGGACUCUAUUAAAGAGCUGCGCGAUUCGGAGGAUGAUUGGGAACUCUACGAUGAUAGCGACUUCACGCAGGAUUCGCUAAAUAAUAGCAGGAUAUCUAUAAACAUAACGCCCGUGAAAAAGCAGCUCAACGAGAGCCUUCACCAGCUGUCGAUGGACUCGUCGAUCUUGGAGUGCUCGAUAGCUGAUCAAACGGCCGAAUCUGUUAUCUCGAAGCGUCGUGACGACAUCCUCCAGUGUCUUUUACAGAUGGAACUUGCUGCGCGGACUCUUGGCAAACUUUGUCAUUUUUACGAGAGUCGAGAGGUCAGUGGCCAAGUCACAAAAUCGUUAGACCAAGUUCACAGCAUAAUUGACAGCCUGAAAAGUACAUUAGAGAGUAAGAACUCGAACGAGACCACUAAUUGCAGCGCCUCAUCGAACACGAGUGGUCUUAACAACACCGUGAUAGAGAAUUCCGAGAAUGUUGUCUCUACCUCCUCGUUGAAUAACUCUGCAAAGCAUGUUCCUCGUUGGGAUGCUUCACCCACGAGGCCAAACCUGAAAAGCGGUUGUCCUGUUCUUCAAAAUGGUACCGCAAAGUCGGUACGGUUUGAUGUUAAUUAAGAUCGUUUUCUACUUUAGGACAAAUUAAAGACUGCAAAAGUUAUUCGAGGAUUAUGUUUAAUGAGCGUUCACUUUAAAGUAGACUACCAAGGGGUACGAUGCACUAUCUGGCUAUAUAACGUUUGUUAUGUAGAUUCUGUCUUCGAGGACUGAAUUUUUACUCGACUAUGGGUAGACAUUUUCUUUCCCCUUUAUACUCGGAGAAUACUGGGCCUUACAAAAAAGAUAUUUGCCAUUAUUUUCUUUUAUUUAACUUUAGGUAUUUAAGUUUUAAAUAUGGAUUCAAUUAUUAAAGAAAGUAUUUAUUAUCAUUUUGGGGGCAA